UUUCGAGGUCCAAGCCCGGUCCCACUAGUCCGUGUAGACUGCCAGUUGGACGCAGGUCAAGUUUAAGAACAGAGAGAAAGAUUAUUCGGUUUACCCCAGAGAAUCUUCUGAUUCCCAUAAUAAAGGGAAAUACAAGAAGCUUCCUUUUUGGCUCAUUUUUUUAAUUUAUUAAGUUAAACUUAAUCUUCUUUUAACUAAAUUAUAGUAUUAACUUGUUUUUGGUCUUGGGUUAACUAGAGAACCUUUUAAUGCGCCUCUUUAAAUGCCAGAAGCCUGUACAUAUAUAGAGCGGGAACGCAUAACGCAUUUUGCCUCUGUAUCAUCCAUCAAUCAAUCAAUACAUAGCUUAAUAGAGGGAAAGAGAGCUUCUUCCCUUUACUCAACGUCACUUCUGCUUUCUCCUCUCUCUCUCUCUCUCUUAUUAGGGUUUUUUUGCUUUUCUCCUCUUUAAGUUUCCAUUACUGUGAUUCGUUGUCGGCUUCAAUCUUACGCUGAUCAUCGAGAUCUGAGCUUUUUAUUUUUCCCCUUCUGUUGAAAGCUUUUAUUCACGCCUCUGCAUAUAGUUCGAACAUCUCCGAUUGCUUUGGGUAAGCGAGUUCCUCUGUUUCAUUUUUUCGCUUUGUGUGGAUCCUGGGUAUUGUGCUUUUGGUAUUUCCCCUGUUUAAGCCUUGGUUUUGAAUGCUAAAAUGUUGUAGUUAUUCUGUUUCCUGGUUUUGUAUGACUGCGUUGUAGUAUUACCUUACUGAUUUUUGCGGUUCAUUUGGCUUAGAUCUUUCGAUUUUUGGUGUUUUGUUUGGUGUACUUUGGGAUAUUGUGCGGCAGUUUUGCGUUUUAACCUAUCUGAUAGGAUUACUCAAGCUUAAAAGUCUGUCGUCGUGAUUUUCGUUUGUUUGUUUCUCUGUGUUUUAUGCGGAUCAUUGGAAUGUUACGGAUUAUGCCUAAUAUUCGAGUUUAUAUGUAAUUGAGAUUUUCUUGCAGAAUACUGUAUUUGUUAUGCUUUUACUCUGUUGUUUUUUAGGCCUUUUCCGCUGUUCGUUUUUUCAUCUAUCUCAUUGAUCAAUCAAUCUGUCUGCUGUGGUUGUGUUGAUUUUUUUUGUGUGCCUCUGCAGAUUGCAACUAUGACUCCACCGAUUGAGACUCCGAUGAAAGCUCUCUUGCCUCAUCACUCCACACAUCCUCAUCCUCCUCUCAACGAGAGGAUCCUUUCUUCCAUGACCAGGAGAUCUGUUGCUGCCCAUCCUUGGCAUGAUCUUGAGAUCGGACCUGAAGCUCCAAAGAUUUUCAACUGUGUGAUUGAGAUCAGCAGGGGAAGUAAGGUGAAGUAUGAGUUGGACAAGAAAACUGGGCUGAUCAAGGUUGAUCGUGUCCUUUAUUCAUCGGUUGUGUACCCACAUAACUAUGGUUUCAUCCCUCGUACUCUCUGUGAGGACAACGAUCCAUUGGAUGUAUUGGUCAUCAUGCAGGAACCAGUUCUUCCGGGGUGUUUUCUCAGAGCUAAAGCUAUCGGGGUCAUGCCCAUGAUUGAUCAGGGAGAAAAAGAUGACAAGAUCAUUGCAGUCUGUGCUGAUGACCCUGAAUACCGACAUUACAAUGACAUUAAGGAGCUUCCGCCACAUCGCCUGGCUGAGAUCAGACGAUUCUUUGAAGAUUGUAUCCUUCUCUAUUGUUCAAAUGGUUGCAUAUUGUCUCAAAUGUCUUAUUGCCAAAUAUUUGUUACUUCUUUUUGUAUUCAUUCUUCAUUCUGUUGGCUUCCUUAAUGAUUAAUCAGACAAGAAAAAUGAGAAUAAGGAGGUUGCAGUGAAUGACUUUCUGUCUGCCACCGAGGCCUAUGAAGCUGUGCAGCAUUCCAUGGACCUUUAUGCGGAUUAUAUAGUGGAGAGCUUGAGGAGGUAGUUUGCCUCCUGCUUCAGAGGAUGGAUUUUGUUUGCGAGAUUCAUUCGUGCCAUAUACACUAUGUAUUUAGAUGGAUUUAUACUAUCGAUUCUCCUCACUAUUAUAGUGCCUCAAUAGGCUCGCGCACUCUGUAGAGUGCGUCAUUUUGCCUACUCAUUUUGCUAGUAGAUGAUGAUGAAAAAGAACUGAAAGUAGGUUCAAUAGUGAUACUACUUGUGUAUUUGGAUACCAAUGGUUUUUUCCCCGAUGACCUGGUGGGAAUGCCCCUAUAACUACAAUGUUAUUUUCUUAAUCGAGCCACACAUACAGAGCAAUCGAAAAGAAGGGUGACUACUUGGCUUUUUGUUCUUCAUUCUUUGUUUACCUAAAAUUCAUAUACUUAUUGUUUCUGUCAAAUUACUGCAAAACACAGAGAUAUCAAGUAGUCAUGCAAAACAGAAAGAAAUAACAUUACCAAAGUGGUUUUGGCAAAACAAAGAAAAAUAACAUUGUUGAAAUGUAUUUGUAUUUUUUCGGUUUUUUCUCUUGAGGGUGUACAAACUUUGAACGUUUCACUUCAAAGAAAUGGAACACCGACUGAGAAUUAUAUACAUUUGACUUGUAAAAUUACGUGUGGGGAUGUGAUGCAGAAGAUGUAUUUGUGUAAAUGCAAACAAAACUGGAAUCUCACCUGGGGACCCUUCAUUAUUAGUAUUACUUCUUUUCGUGUUCGCGUUGUAAACUAAACGAAUCUACUUAGCAAGAGUUUUCUAUGUUCAUAUACAGUCAUAGUAAUCCCCUCUCUUCGGCCCGAAAGAAAUUGUUAUCCCCUAAAAAAAAUAUCUGGGUUUAUGAGUGAUCCACUUUUACACGCGUCGUUAACUCAUUGGUUCACAACUACCACCUGGCUGGAUGAGUGGGCAAUACAAUUUUUUUUAUUUUUUCAUUUCGCGGAUGAUGAUCAUCUGAAAGCUCCACACACAC